CCACCAUUUUGGGAAACCCCCCCAGUGGUCCCUCUUGUGUUUUUGUCUCUCUCUCUUUCCACAAGGCGCUGCUCCUUUCUGCCACGCCCGGGUUGCAGGAGCUCUUCUUCUUCUUCUUCGUCUCAGCCUUUCGGGGAGCGAGGUCCGAGGAGAGACGUGGGAGGGAGCCCCUUCUUCCACCCGACCCCACCAUGAGGCGAAGAAGGAGCCGGCCACCGAGGAUGGGGCCCCAUUGAGGAGCAGAGGAAAAGACACGCGUCGCUUCAUUCCCACAGAGAAAGGGGGGCUUUGGGGUCUUCUGGAACUGUGGGCUUGGGGUGUUUUUGUGUUUAUAUGUGGGGAGGGACUACCAGGUUCUUUCUCCUUCCCUCCUCAAUGCCUCCUCGUCGGAGGAGGAGGCUUCCCCCCGAAGGCGCGCAACAAAUGGCAGCCAGGUUGGGAAGCCCGGCUGCAGCCCCGGCGGCAAUAGAGGCGACUCCCAGGUGAGAAGGCGCCGCUGCUUUCCCUCCCUCGUCCUCCAUGCCGGCCUUCCUCCUCCUCCUCUUCCUCCUGAGUCACCUCGCUGCAACUGACCUAUAACAUAAAAUAUGAGAUGGCAUCAUGUGAUUCAUUCAGCAAGAUAUCGUUCUACCUCUUUGACAGAGAAAAGGAGCAUCUUAUGAGGAUACCUAUGAAGAUACCUGACAACUUCCAAAGCCCCUCACCAAAACAUCAGAGCAGCCCUAAUUUGACAGGGAUGUUCUUUUAAAAAGAAAGCUGACUAUGAGGAAGUCUACACAUCUUUCAAUGACAUUGCUGAAGAAAGUGAAGUUAGAGUUUUGUGCCUGAGAUCCUUUGCCACCAUUGUUGGGUAAAUGAGAAGUGGUUGUGUGAUUAUGCUGACAUCCCAGUAUGCAUCUGGUAGACCUGUGGUUAACUCGCUCCCUCUCCAUGUGUCUGCUCUUACAAAGCUUUGUCCUCAUGAUACUGUGCUUUCAUUCUGCCAGUAUGUGCCCCAAAGGUUGCCUUUGUUCCCAUUCUGGAGGCUUAAAUGUCAGUUGCAGCAAUGCAAACCUCAAGGAAAUACCCAGAGAUCUUCCUCCGGAGACUGUCUUACUUUAUUUAGACUCCAAUCAGAUUACAUCCAUCCCCAAUGAAAUUUUCAAGGAUUUGCACCAACUGAAAGUCCUCAACUUGUCCAAAAACAUUAUUGAGUUCAUUGACGAACACUCCUUCAAAGGGGUGGCAGAAACCUUGCAGACGCUGGACCUAUCUGACAACCGGAUCAAAAGUGUGCACAAAAAUGCUUUUAACAACCUCAAGGGUAGGGCUAGAAUUGCAAACAAUCCUUGGCACUGUGACUGCACACUGCAGCAGGUCUUGAGGAGCAUGGCCUCCAACCAUGAAACAGCCAAUAGUGUCAUCUGUAAGACUUCAGAUUUAGACGAACAUGCUGGGAGGCCAUUCCUUAAUGCUGCCGAUGCUGACCUCUGCAACCUUCCUAAAAAGACUACUGAUUAUGCCAUGCUUGUCACCAUGUUUGGCUGGUUCACCAUGGUGAUCUCAUAUGUAGUUUACUAUGUGCGGCAAAAUCAAGAGGAUGCACGCAGGCACCUUGAGUACUUGAAAUCCCUGCCAAGCAGGCAAAAGAAACCAGAUGAAGCAGAUGAUAUUAGCACUGUCGUAUAGUGCGCAGAACAAAAGGAUUGGCUCACUUGAGAUGGAAAUUAGAUGUGGUUGGCACAGAUGCCAGAUGUUUACUUCUAGCAUUCGUUGUAAACCUGUAAGACUUUUUCCAAUUAAACUGAAUUCUACCACUGUCGAACUUUCUAACAAACAUGAUUUCUGUUUGGGGUGAUACAGUACACCUUUAUUGUUUCUCUGGUGAUAUUCUAAACCAAGUAAACUAAUAUGUAAACAUUAGUUUAGACCCAUUCCACUCUUUAAUAAUGAAAUUUAUUUUUUUAAUUUAAAACCGAAUAAAAGCUUAAC